UUAUUGUACAAGUGAGGAUCAGAAAAUGGAAAACGCGUAAUAGCAUUGAUUGAUGACUUUCCAUUUCUUACGUGGCUAACUAACAACUAGUAUUUCUUUAUUUGUUGGAUACUUUCAGUUUCACAUUCUUUGCCUUUGAAGUACCAAAACAAAGAAACUUCUUCUAUUUCAUUUCUCCACUGUUGAGAGAGAAAAGAAGAGAUAGAGAUUUGAAGAGUGAGAAAGAGAUGACAAUUGGGUUCAUGGAAGUGCUUUUGGUGAAAGCAAAGGGUCUUCAAGAGACUGAUAUCUUUGCUCGCAUGGAUCCAUAUGUUCUGUUACAAUACAAAAGGCAAGAGCACAAGAGCAGUGUUGUUCAUGAGGGGGGUAGCAGUCCUGUAUGGAAUGAGAAAUUCGUAUUCAGAGUGGAAUACCCUGGAUCAGGAGACCAAUACAAGCUCAAUCUUAAAAUCAUGGACAAGGAUGUUUUUUCUUCCGAUGAUUUUGUUGGUCAGGCCGUAAUCUAUGUAAAGGAUCUAUUGGCGGAAGGAGCAGAGAAUGGAUCAGCUGAGCUUCGUCCUCGCAAGUAUAGUGUGGUUCGAGCCGACAAUUCUUAUUGCGGUGAACUCGAAGUUGGUAUAACUUACACUCGAAAGGAAAAUGAAUAUACUGACGAUGACAUUGGAGGAUGGAGGGAUAGUGAAUAUUAGUUCAUUGUGCAGUGCAGCAGAUGUAGGAUUUGGAAUGGAAGGUUGAAGACAAGCAUUUUCAUUAACAUUUGAAUGUGCAUAGAAUUUGAAAUCUCUUCUAAUGGUGGUUAUGUGUUGUAAGCACUUGCAAUUAACUGAGAUCGUUGUUUAUGAGUUUCAUCUUACAAUUUGUAAUCACUCAAUGAGUUAAUCAUAUGAGCAUUAAUUGGAAUUUUGGUAUUUGACUAAAAGCCUGAAAUUAUCGUUUUCAGAUUAGAGUUUAUGUCAAUAUUCGUUUGGUACAAUAUGAUGGUGAAACUUUGGAAUCAUCUAUCUAUCUACUUUGAAAUCAUCUAUGUAGCGGUGAAAUAUUCUCUCAAUAAUGUAUAUUCUUGGACCAUUUUGAAA